CCAAUAGACUAUUUCAUGGCAAAACACCUAAUAUUCAGCUCAUCAUUAUGUUAUAUCUCGUACGUCUCGCGGGUAUCCUGUGCUGGCCGAGUAACGCCUAGUGAUUACGCAAGUUCUCCUGACAUCUCGCAUUUCGAGUGUGCUAUCAUCUUUUACGCCGUCGCCCCAUUUCUCACUUCCUACCCCUUAUUGGCCGAUAUGGAUCAAAACCCAAGGCUCCCAGCUCCUAUAGAAGGCACUACAAACCCAAAUGACUCAAAAUGGGAUGGGGUGGUCCUGGUGUGUGAGAAUCUUCAGUGGCAAGCCUCGGAGCUUGAGUUCCUCAAGGCACCCAUACUGGCUGCACAGAAGCUGGACAAUGCAGUGGGCAAUGAUGUCCUUCUAUUCCCUCUUCCUGGAAAUGAUUCAUCCCCUUUUGUAGUUCAUGCACCCACCGGUCCAGUGAACAGGGAUUAUGAUGAUGUGCGGCGUUAUGGUGAGGCUGCUGCUAAUGGCAUUAAAAGGGCCCUGAAAGCUGGUAGUAAAAGACCUCUGCUAGUUGUGCCUCCAGGGGCGCAUUUUACAGAAGCCUGGUCGGCUGCAGUGCUUGGUGCCCUCCACGCCCUCUAUGUGCCUAUUGAAGUGCGAGAAGGAGUUAAAGGGGCAGCCCAGAAGGUAGAAAAGCUGGGAGUUUAUCUUCUCUCCAAUAAUAGCAGCAGUCUUAACUUCGUUUCAGCUGUGGAGGCAGGGAGACUUGUUUGCCGUGAUAUUGGGGGUUCUGAUCCUGAAAGGAUGGCAGCGCCUAAAGUUGAGGAGUAUGUUCGACAAGUGUUUGAAGGCUCAGCGAUCAAGAUCAAUGUGACCUCAGAUUUUGGCACACUUAAGAAAGACUACCCAUUGUAUUCUGCAGUCAAUCGUUGUACUAAAGCUGUCCCAAGACAUCAGGGUCGUAUUAUUCAACUUGAGUAUACCGGUGAUGGACCUAUUGACCAGACAUUGCUUCUGGUUGGGAAGGGUGUGACUUAUGACACUGGUGGAGCAGACAUCAAGGCGGGAGGUAUCAUGGCUGGAAUGCACAGGGAUAAAUGUGGAGCUGCAGCAGUUGCAGGAUUUUUCCAGAUUCUGAACGUGCUUAGGCCCAAAGGUCUCCAUGUCAUUGGUACUAUGGCCAUGGUGCGUAACAGCGUUGGUGCAGAUUGUUAUGUGGCUGAUGAGAUCAUCACCUCGGCUGCCGGGGUGCGGGUCAGGGUCGGUAAUACUGAUGCGGAGGGCAGGAUGGCAAUGGCAGAUGCUCUGUGUCACGCCAAAACCGCGGCGUUGAAGAAGACCAAUCCCCACAUCUUUACCAUCGCGACUUUGACCGGUCAUGCCAUCAGGGCUAUGGGGCCAAACUACUCGAUUGUGAUGGAUAACGGACCUGCAGCAGAAAAGAAAAGUGCACAGGAAAUCCAAGCUGCUGGUGCUUGCAUUGGUGACCCAUUUGAGAUUUCAACCAUUCGACGGGAGGAUUAUGAGUUCGUUGCGGGCAGAAAUGAAUAUGAAGAUGUGAUCCAGUGCAACAAUGCACCAUCUUCAGGGACCGCCCGCGGACACCAGUUCCCAGCGGCGUUCAUGAUCAGAGCAGCAGGAUUAGACAAGCAUGGCAUUGACUCCAGUCAGCCACUGCCCUAUUCCCACAUGGACAUUGCAGGCUCAUCUGGCCCAUACCCUGGCAUACCCACUGCUGCCCCUAUUGUCGCUAUGGCAACACGUUACGUCAGACCACGGCUGUGAACACCUUACAGUUUGGUUGAUGAGCGGGAGCUGUGAGACUUUCUCAACUCAGGAUUCUAACGGAAGUGAUGCAAUCUUCUUGAUACAAUCAUUACAGACAUAGUUUCAUAGCUAGGGGAAUUUAUAAUAAUUUGAUUUGAUAGUGAUAUGAUCGAAACAGAUGGCUUUUGCUGUGAAUUGUUAAUAUAGGGCUCCAGUUUGUAAGGUAAUGGGGUGAAAUCCAGAGGGCAAAUAAAAUAUCUUAUGAACAUU